ACCGAGUUAAAAUCUCGCGUAAAUCCCUGUCGUACGCGUGUCUGCAUACGCACACGCGCGCAUACGCCGCGGCACGAUUGUGCUGGUGUUUCGUGCGCGUAGCAAAGCGAGGGAGUCUCGAAGGCGGUCUUUAGUUUCGGUUAAGCAUUCGUCGAAGAGAGAAUACAUCUCACUCUCGUCUCCACCUACGUCGCUUUUCUCCGCCGAGUCACGCCGGGUGCGCGAGAUUUCGGCUUCUUCCGGCUUAAAGUUUUAGCAUCCACCCACACCAUCGUUCACCGGGAGGGAGAGCGUCGCUCAAAGGACUUCCGUUCACCAAACAAUAUGAGCCGUCGUCAUUUCGAGAUCGAACUGGGUCAGAAUUGCGAAAGAGUUUGGCGAUGGAAAUCCGGGAAAUCUAAGAACGGUGCACAAGGAUCUAGAUUGGAGUAAACAGGAAAAUGUGAAAAUCGCGACUCGUUUUCCCUUUACGUGUUACGCGAUAUUGCGCGUGAUGUGAACGUUGAAGUGAUUUAUCAUCGUCCACGGCCAGUUUCUCGUGUUUUUUAUGAGACCUCAUCAAUGGAUAGGUCUUAUCAAGAUCCAUGGUGCAUUCGCAGGGACGGUAAUACUCGAGGAUUCCUCUAGUCAGAGCAAUGCCGAUACAAUUAGCGCGUUGAUGAUAAUUGCCACCUCGUAACAGAGGAGAGAGAGUGCAAAGUGCAGCGAACGAGCGUAAGCGAAUUAUUUCCUCCGACUCGAGGGUGGUUUUGCAUUCGUUUGUUUACUUGCACGCGCGCGCGAUGAACGGACGAAAGAAAAAAGAGACGAGGAAAAGGGGUCUUACCAUUCCGGAGACGCUAACAACAACCAACCAUCCAGUCGGAGUGUCGACAGAAUUACCGCUGAUCGACAGCAUCGAAAUCACAGAAUGCAAAAAUCAACCGCACAUUUGCGGAAAUGAAGCAGCGUGUCGCAGCUUACCGGACAACAAAUCGAAAUGUGUGUGUCCGCACGAUUUGACAUUACCGACAUCGGACUUAAAAUGCCCACAUCGUUCGAUUGUUCCUCCGUCGCCCCGACCUAUACAUAAUAUAAUUCCACCGAAGUACAAUAAUGUUACAAAUAGUACGAGUGAGCUACCGGAAGCUGAGCAGGUGGAAGGGUCGUUAUACAAAGUACCUGAAAUAAUAGGAAUAGCUGUAACUUUCGUCAUGGUAAUAGUAUUUUUAUUCGGCAUAGUGUACGCUGUGAAAAGACGAAGUCAUGUCAAAUCGCAGAGAAAUUCUCUCGAUGGAACUCCAAUAAAUCUGAAGAAGGGAUUAUUAGGGCAUAAAUACACGCUUAAUCCCCAAUACUUCACCCCCUGCACGUCUCCGGAAGUUUUAAUCAUACAACGUGAAAGCCUUGUAUUUCUGCAUGACAUCGGCGAGGGGUGUUUCGGAAAGGUUUACAAAGGUGAAUGGCACAAUGGAGACACAAAAGAAAUUGUCGCCAUAAAAGUUUUAAAGGACACUGCAACACGCGAAACAGAAGAGGACUUUAUGCGAGAAGUUGACAUUAUGUCCACGUUCGGUCAUACGAACAUUUUAUCUUUGAAGGGCAUGGUACUUCGAGAUUCGAGAACGAAUAAUCCAUGGAUGGUGUUCGAAUACAUGCCAUACGGCGAUCUUGCCGAGGUAUUGCGGGCAAGCACGCCGCAAUUGAAAUCGUUAAAACCUGGACUACAACCAUUAACGAAGGAUUCGCUGCACUGGAUUUCGGUUCAGAUUGCAGCCGGCAUGACUUAUUUAUCGGCGCAACGAUUCGUGCAUCGUGACCUGGCGUGUCGGAAUUGUCUGGUGGGUUCAGGCUUAGUGGUGAAAAUCGCUGAUUUCGGCAUGUCACGUGAUAUCUACACCUGCGACUAUUACAAGAUUGGAGGCUCGCGCCUGCUACCAGUCCGAUGGAUGUCACCGGAAAGCGUGAUUUACGGGCGUUUCACGUUAGAAACUGACAUCUGGAGUUUCGGCGUUGUUCUUUGGGAAGUUUUCUCAUAUGGCAAGCAGCCUUAUUACGGCCACACAAACGAAGAAGUUGUUAAACUCAUACUUCAAGGAAUUAUGCUUAUGCCGCCGGAGGAGUGUCCGCCUGUCAUUUGCCAGAUAAUGCGCGACUGCUGGAAGACCGAUCCGCGGGAACGAAUUAAAUUUCCCGACAUCCUGGACAGAUUGGAAAAAGCGGGCAAGUUGACCCAGCAAGAGACACUACCUAGACCACCACAAGGCCCGGUGACGAUACGUACUCCAGACGUUUUGGAUCCGGAUGGUUACUUGCUUCCAGCGCCCACGACUCCUCGCGAAUACCUGCAAGCUCUUCCAACUCUGACCAUUUAAUGACAUAUUUAUAUGGCAGCAAUCUCGGAACUUCAUCUCUCGAAGUGCGCAUGAGUGAAGAGCGCGAUAUCGAAGAAAUGUGUAUAUUAUAUUAAGAAUGUACAGAAAGCUUAGAAUACUAAAGCGUUCAAAUGUCCACGAGAUAGUAUUAAUGUCGUUUUUAUGUCUUAGACUUAUUUUUAUGUAUUAAUAUUUUGACAGUGUAUCAUAUAAUUUCGAUAAUUUAGAUCUGCAGAGUAAAUUUACAAAUAAGAUGCAAACAGAAACCAACAAAACAUAUGUUGCAAACAAUUAUGUAUGUAAAAUGAUUCUUUCAAGCUUCAAAGAAGCGUGGAUAGAAAGUAUUUUUGAUAAUUUGUGCGUACUGUUAAGUUACUAUUGAGCGUCAUUAUGUCUUAUAAUUAAUAAUUGUAAUGAUAAUAGUAUUGUAACUGGUUUUCAUUAUAAACUUUUAAGAAACAUCGUUUUAAUAA